AUGGCCUCAGUGGACGCGACCAUGAAAGCCAUCAACGAGGCCUGCCGAUCGAAAGGCGGCCACUACGCCACCUACAGCUGCCAAGUGGUCUCCUGGGAUGACGUCAGCCGAGGGACCGUCGGCGGCGCCCUCUCUUGUUGGGGGGCGAACAUCACCGACACCUACUUGAAGAGCAAGAGUGGCGCGAGGCUCUUCACCGUUCGCAGUGACAACUGGAACGAGAAGCUCGGCGUGGUUCCCGCGAAUCAGGUGGCGGUCGUGGCCUCCCACGCGGGCGGCCCGCCUCAGCCCGUGACCCUCCGGAGCGUCCUGCAGCAGAUGGGCACUUAUGGCAGCUACGCGGGCCUCGACGGACAGACCGAUCUCUCCGACCCCAAGUUGGACAUGCAGUGCUCCAUCCGCUUCCAGACCACCUUCAUUCCGGUGGAGGACUCCGGGGACGGCAGGUCCAAGCUGGAGUUCGCGACUGAGGCCUACAACUACAACACCAUGGAUGACGCCGAUCCGCGCAACCUUGUCCUGCUCUGCACCAGCCAGGGGAUGGCUGUGCAGCAGGAUGGACGGGGUGCGAAGAAGCUCUUUCACCACGCCGUGGAUGGCGAGGGCAAGAUCCACCGCUACUGGCUGGAGGCGGAAGAGAGUCGACACAAGGUGGGCGGCGAGCAGCAGGAGACUCAGCAGGAGCGCGCCGAGGCCUUGUCUCGUGGCAAGGCCACGUCCAGCGUCAUUGGCAUCAAGGCCAUGGGCCAGCGCUUCAACGUGCUCAUGACCAUCCAGGUUCCUCUGCAGCAGCAGGCCCGCCCCAAGCGAAGAGCCCUGGGACUGGCCAUGCCCUUGGCCCUCUUUGGCGCCAGCAAGUGCGCAGCCGCACCUGUUGAAGCCUGCGGGGCCAUCGGCAUCGGCGCCAUGGAGGAGUGCAUGGAGGAUGACUGUGACAGUGACCUGGAUGGCUUCACCAUGGUGGAGGAGUGCUCCCGCGAAAGGUGCGUGGCCAUGCCCGCAGCGCGCAGGGGAACCAGCAGCGCGGCGCGGGUGUCGCGCGGCACGGAGCAUGACGUUUGGAGGGGCCUCUCCAUCAAGUCUCCGAAGCGAAAUGCUUCCGAGCACGUGACGGUCACCGUGGUGAUCUACAACGCCGUGAAAGGAGGGGUGCCCACCCCCGAGGACGUCGCAGCGGCCGUGGACGAUCUCGAGGCCCUCUACAGCGCCUGUGCCGACCAGGGUCGGCUCGCGGAGACGAAGUUCGACUUCAUGAAGGAGCAGCUGAAGGUGGACGACAUGGUCGACAUCACGUCGAAGCUGACGUUCCAGCCACCACAGGUUGAUGUUCUCCAGCACGAUGUCUUCCCGAUCUGA